UGUCACACCAGUUUGGCGCGUAUUUCGAUUCAUGCUCAUUCCAGUGAAGAUCGAGGUUGUUGGUGAAAAUUAAAAGGAUUAAAAGGCCAAACGAACAGCUGACUGGAAUUCCAUGGAAGUUUCUCCCUUCCCCAGACGUUUUGACCGUUUUCCAGGAAUCGCAGCACCGCACACGCAUUUGCGCGCGAAUUUAUGAAUGAACUUUGGAUUUCAUUCAUAACCAUCCUGUAGACGGUUCCAUUCCUUCAGCGUCCGUCUCGGUGUGAGCAGUGUUUUCCGUUGAGUUCCAGUAUAUAGUGCACGUUAUGUCCGUCAGUCAAGAAACGCUGGAAAUGAUCACGGCCGCCAUUAAGAAUGGGGCCAAUCCACAGGGCACCCUGGUCCGUUCCAAGCUGACCAAUCGUCUAGUGUGGCAAGCAAACGAGCACGACGAGAACGAUCCGUACAAGGAAUACCUCCUGAUGGUUGGGGUCGAUUCUCAACCGAGUCAGACUGCGCCGGGCGGUGCGGUACGCAGUGUUUUAGGCGAGAUGUACAGUCACGGUCAAUCGAACAAAGGAGUUCCCGGGGAAAAGGUUCCGGGACGGAAGGGAAACUACAAGCAUGAUAAGGAAAACUGGCAGGAUCACUGGGAGAUAUUGAAGAACGCAGGGAAGUAUUGUAGUUUCUGCAAAGCCAACAAGGAAAUACGUGAUAUCUACUUAUCUCACAAUCUGAAGGGACCGGACGGGGAAGUUACCUGUCCAAUUUUGCUCAAAUGCAUCUGCCAGUGCUGCGGUCAGCGUGGACACACGAUUGCGCACUGCCCAGAUAAUAAAACAGGAACCAGCAUUCUCAAGAUGAUCAAUCGUCACAAUCGAAUCUAAGCUCGCGGAUCGGAAGUGAAAGUGCACGUAAAAAUGAAACAAUGAAUCCGCCUUCAGCCUUAAGUCUAUCGUAAAACAUCCUAUCGCUUUCGAGCGUUUUUAAUGUUAUUUAUUCUAUUUAUUUAUUUAUUGCUCAACUUAUUUAACAUGUUCGAACCUUUUGCUACUAACCUUUACAAAAUUUGAUAGAUUUUUAUUGUCACUCAGACUAACUUUAGGCUAAGCUUUUGAUACAACAAAAAGUGCUUGUAACGAACCAUUGACAGCUACUAAU